GGGACUGGAGCCUCUCCGGACCUCGGGAGGCCAUCUGUGUGGGACGCCCAGGGCCGAGAGGCUCGGGAGGGAGAGAAAGGAGUCUUGGGCCCGUGUGGCACCAAAGGGGACCAGAUUCUGCUGGGAGAGAGCGGGACCGAUGAGGCCUCGGGGGAGAAGGGGGCCUUGGGGACAGUGGGAGCCGCCAGAGGCUAGAUGCAGCUCCAAGAGGCGGAGCUUAAGGGAAGACCGAGCCUUAGGGAGAAGAUGGGGGCUUCCUGAUGCAGGUGCACCCCCCAGUUAAGAAGGAACCCCAGCCCGACAUGGUGGUGCACGCCUGUCAUCCCAGCGUGCGGGAGGCUGAGGCAGGAGGACCGCUGCGAGUUCGAGGCCAGCCUGAGCUACGUAUCAAGACCCUGUCUCAUAAAACAGAAUAAAUAAAUUAGUUAAUUAAUAAGGAUAAGAGAAAAGGAAUCUCAGGGGUUGAUGCCAUUCUGGGAUGGGGAAGGAAGCACGUAGGUCAGAUGUGUUGUGAAGAUGAGGCUCUGAGACCCUGAAAGGUGGGGUCAGGGCCAUAAGUGGCUGUGAAGGCUUCCUGGGAGCUGCCCAAAGUCUGGGUAGCUUGUGGUGAGGGGAAGGGCAAGGAGAGGCCUCAUCCUACCUUGGCUCCCAGGAGGUGGCCAGCAGGUGCUGGUGGAAUGCGUUGUCAGAGCGCAUGUGCAGUCCUGGGAUUCCUGAAUUUCACCCAGGGUGGCCUCCGGAGCUUGCUUUUCUACAAGAUGUUGGAAGUUUUGAAGCGCCCUGUAGUGGUGACCACCAACAUCAACUUGAAUAUUGUGGCUCUGACUGGAGUGGGGCUACUGAGCCGGCUGUGGCAUCUCUCCUACCCGAGGGCUGUAGUCUUUGAUGAAGUCUAUUACGGGCAAUACAUCUCCUUUUACAUGAAUCGGGUCUUCUUUCUGGACGACAGCGGACCACCAUUCGGCCACAUGCUACUCGCUUUGGGAGGUUAUUUAGGAGGAUUUGAUGGUAAUUUUUUGUGGAACAGAAUUGGAGCAGAAUACACAAGCAACGUGCCAGUGUGGGCCCUUCGCCUGCUGCCGGCACUUGCAGGAGCCCUGUCAGUGCCCAUGGCCUACCAGAUCGUGGUGGAGCUGCGUUUCUCCCACUGCACAGCCAUGGGCGCUGCCCUGCUCCUGCUCAUCGAGAACGCCCUGGUCACCCAGUCCAGGCUCAUGCUGCUGGAGUCACCGUUAAUAUUUUUCAAUCUCUUGGCUGUGCUGUCCUAUCUGAAGUUCUUCAACUGCCAAAAACACAGGCCUUUCUCUCUGCCCUGGUGGUUCUGGCUGAUGCUGACAGGGGUUGCCUGCGCCUGCGCCGUAGGCAUCAAAUACAUGGGCAUCUUCACCUACUUGCUCGUGCUGGGCGUCGCGGCUGUCCACGCUUGGCACCUGAUCGGAGACCAGACUCUGUCCAACGUCCUUGUGCUCUACCACUUGCUCGCCAGAGCAGUGGCCCUGUUGGUCACCCCGGUCACCCUGUACUUACUGUUCUUCUACAUCCACUUGACACUGCUCUGCCGCUCUGGACCCCAUGACCAAAUCAUGUCGAGCGCCUUCCAGGCCAGCUUGGAGGGAGGACUGGCCCGCAUCACCCAAGGGCAGCCCCUGGAGGUGGCCUUCGGCUCGCAGGUCACGCUGAGGAACAUCUUCGGCAAGCCCCUGCCCUGCUGGCUUCACUCCCACCAGAACACCUACCCCAUAAUCUAUGAGAAUGGCCGGGGCAGCUCCCACCAGCAGCAGGUGACCUGCUACCCCUUCAAGGAUGUCAACAACUGGUGGGUCGUCAAGGACCCCGGGAGGCACCAGCUGGUGGUGAGCAACCCGCCCAGGCCCGUGCGGCACGGGGACGUGGUCCAGCUGGUCCAUGGCAUGACCACGCGCUUCCUAAACACGCACGAUGUCGCCGCCCCGCUGAGCUCCCACGCGCAGGAGGUGUCCUGCUACGUGGACUACAACAUCUCCGUGCCCGCCCAGAACCUCUGGAGGCUGGACAUCGUGAACAGGCAGUCGGACAGGGACACCUGGAAGACCAUCCUAUCAGCCGUGCGCUUCGUGCACCUGAAUACUUCUGCUGUGCUCAAGCUGAGCGGGGCGCACCUCCCCGACUGGGGCUUUCGGCAGCUGGAGGUGGUGGGUGAGAAGCUGUCGCGGGGCCACCACGAGAGCAUGGCGUGGAACGUGGAGGAGCACCGCUACGGCACCAGCCAGGAGCAGAGGGACCGGGAGCUGGAGCUGCAUGCGCCUACGCAGGUGGACGUCAGCAGGAACCUCAGCUUCAUGGCCAGAUUCUCGGAACUGCAGUGGAGGAUGCUGACGCUGCGGGGCGAGGACGCAGAGCACAAGUACAGCUCCACACCCCUGGAGUGGGUCACGCUGGACACCAGCAUCGCCUACUGGCUGCACCCCAGGACCAGUGCUCAGAUCCACCUGGUCGGGAACAUCGUGAUCUGGGCCUCGGCCAGCCUGGCCACAGCCACCUAUGUGCUGCUCUUCCUGUGGUACCUGCUCAGGCGGCGGAGGGAUGUCCACGACCUCCCUGAGGACGUGUGGCUGCACUGGGUGCUGGCUGGGACCCUGUGCACUGGCGGCUGGGCACUGAACUACUUGCCCUUCUUCCUGAUGGAGAAGACGCUCUUCCUCUACCACUACCUGCCCGCACUCGCCUUCCAGCUGCUCCUGCUCCCACUCGUCCUGCAGCACGUCUAUGACCACUUGUGCAGGUCCCGGGUGCAGCGCCACCUCUUCAGCACCCUGGUCGUAGCCUGGUACUCGGUCGCCUGCCACGUGUCCAACAAGCUGCGCCCACUGACCUACGGUGACAGCUCGCUGACCCCAGGAGAACUCCUGGCCCUUCGCUGGAGAGACAGCUGGGACAUCCUGAUCCGGAAAUCCUAGAACAAGGACACUGUGGGCAGGGCCAGGACCAGGUGCCACAUGCAGUGCCUUAGAAAUCCGUUCCCCUGCCGCCAGCACUGGCUCCUCGAUGGCCCAGUGACUCCCAGAGGUGGCUGGGCUUCGUUCUGGGAAGUUCUCCAGGGAGCACCUCAACUUUCCAGACUGAAGACUACACCCCAUGGCCUCGCCCUGCAAGGCCCUUGUCCCAGAUGCUGAUGCAGAGGCCAGGGACCCACAAACUCGGGGACCCCACAUGAGCCCUAGGCCUCCCUGGGCUGCAGGUUGGGUCUGAGUCCGCAGGGCCCGUCCUCCUGUGGGACACCCACCAGCCCAGUCUGCAGCCAGGCCUUAACCGCCGGGCCAUCCUGACAGGGUCCAUGGGAAGCAGGGCGGCCGUGCUGGGCUGCAGCUCCUCCCUGUUGCUGUAGCCUGAGGUUUCAGAGACACACACGAGCAGCAUCUUAGACAGUCCAGGUCUGCGUCAUCUGUACAUCGUGUUGCCCCGAAUUUGCCUUUUAAAAUGUAAACAAGGGACACACUGGCUUUCACA